AUGGAAAUCCUUUUCUUCCUCUUCCAAUUUUNCAUUCUUCCCAAGAUUGCUUGUGUCGGUCCAUUCAUGGGCCUUGUCACGUGCCACUUCGGUCCACCACCNGUCUAUCAAGCGGACCUCGAUACAUCGUCGUUUGCCUUUGGUACGUACCGACCGAUNUCGAGUACUCGACAUCGGCACGACAUCGGCGCCUCCAACGAUCGACUUCGGGAUCAUCCGCACACGACUUCNGCAUCACAUNGGCUCCAUUUUGUCAACACAUCGGCACAACAUUGGUACCAGGAAGACAUCGGUGUCACCCUUCGACAUCGGUACCAGGAAGACGUCGUGACAUUGGCACCGUUCCUCAACAUUGUCACCAUGACGACAUCGGUGUCACCCUUCGACAUCGGUACCAGGAAGACGUCGUGA